AGCCAUGAGGUCGAAGGAAUUGUCUGUAGAACUCCGAGAUUUUUAAAUGGAAUAAGUUUGGAACCUCCAAGACUCUUCCCGGCAACACUGAGCAAUCGGGGGAGAAGGGCCUUGGUCAGGGAGGUGACUAAGAACCCAAUUGUCACUCUGCCAGAGCUCCAGUUCCUUUGUGUAGAUGGGAGAACCUUCCAGAAGGACAACCAUCUCUAAAGCACAACAAAAAUCAGGCCUUUAUGGUAGAGUGGCCAGACGGAAGCCACUCCUCACCAAAAGGCCCCUAAAGGACUCUUACCAUGGGAAGCAAGAUUCUCUGGUCUGAUGAAACCAAGAUUGAACUCUUUGGCCUGAAUGACAAGCUUCAUGUCUGGACGAAACCUGGCACCAUCCCUACGGUGAAGCAUGGAGGUGGCAGCAUCAUGCUGUGGGAAUGUUUUUCAGAGGAAGGUAAGACUAGUCAGUAUCGAGGGAAAGAUGGACGGAGGCAAACCAUCAAACCUGACAGGGCUUGAGAGGAUCUGCAGAGAAGAAUGGAAGAAACUCCCCAAUACAGGUUUGCCAAGCUUGUCGCGUCAUACCCAAGAAGACUCGAAGAUGUAAUCGCUGUCAAAGGUGCUUCAACAAAGUAAGGAGGCAAUGUCUCCCUCCUCCCUCAAGCUGUACGAGGCACAGUUCUUUGGUUUUACCCCUCAGACCUGCAUGGUGAGAGUAUACAGUGCCUUUCAGGACUGCCUGAAUGAAUUGCUACUUGUCGUAGAAGCAGUGUUCGUGAGAAAACUAAGCGGAACUGAACCAAAUGGAGAGCAACUACAUUUAAGGGCAAGAGAAUGCACCCAAAAGUUGCAGAUAUUCCUUCAGGAACGCUUCAAGCGUCUGUCUGGUCGCAUGGAAACCGUUUUGGUCAACAACGUCCUCUCAGUCCCGCCUAAUGUGUUGCUGCCUGACGACCAGCCACACAAAAAGUACCCUCAACGUUUAGAGGAGGUUCUUAAGCUGGAGUCUUCCCUGGCGGAGCUGCAACAAGCGUACCAAGUGGAGGUGUGUGCCAGGCAGGCCUUGCUGGCUGAACUGGAGGAGCAAAGAGCGGUCCAAGAGCAGCUGGAUGGGAUCCUGAGAUGGAUUGGAGAACUACAGGCAGCAUGGAUGCAGGAGGGAAUGGGCAGCUUUCACAACAGCUUCUGUGUGAUGAUGCAGUCGGUCAAGAAACUGCAGGCUGUCUUUGGAGAGAUCAAUAAGAAAAGCAAAAGACUGGAUGAGGACUCGUCAGUGGGAUGGACCCACAUGGUGUAAACUACUUGUUAGUGGUGUUGUGAGAUGGGUAGGUUGCAGGUGUGGCAACAUUCUGACUUGGAAUAGCACCCUCUGUCAGACAAAAGACAAAUAGAAUUCUAUGCCUUUGGAUGUAUUAACAAUUAUACAAUUUAUCAGACACAAGUCUUACAAACAAGAAUGUGAGCAUUUUUUAAAUCAUAAUUCAUCUUUGGUUUGAUAUAUUUACUUUUUGAUGGUUUACUAUACAUUCAAAAUAUAUUAUCCACAAUUUGAGUAGUAAGAGGCUCAAGCAGUUAGACUUUUUUUUAUUUUUAUCUCCCAGUCUUAACUCUGGUUCUUUGAAAAGCAUUUUUUUUUUAAAUAAAUGUAUGUUAAUUAAUGAAUGAACUUUGGAGCCAUAGUCACCACAAGGGGGAAGCAUUGGUUUGUUAUUGCCAUCUCAAAUGUAAAUUGACCAAGCAGUGCCAUUGUACAGUGUGAAUUAUUUUUGAUUCGUUGCCGUAUUAUCUUUUUGGCAAAAUCAUUAAAUGUACAACACUUUAAUAAUUUUGAAUAAAUAAAAGUGUAAUUGUGCAAUUGCAUCUGAUUUAAAUCAGGUAUCAUUUAAAUCAUUCCAAUCCUUUCUCAUCAUGGUCUCUGUCAGAUGCAGUCUAGGCUUGUCUGUGAUGUCUAAUGCUGUAUGAUGUUGACUGACUGAUAAGUAGCUGGUUUGACAGUGGGCUGCUCUGACAGUAUGGUCUUGGUGGGAGUCCCAGCAGUGAUCAUACAGUUGUGUGAUGUCCAUGGCUGGAACCCCAGGCUCCAUAUUCAUAAAGGGUCCUUCCUGUUAAUGGAUACCGGGAAUGUAAUUACAGCCUAUGUUUAAAAAAUACAAUAAAAACACAUUUAAUUGAAUGUUGGCCUACAUUUUACCAGCAGAGAGUACAUUCAAAUAGGUGUACAGAUUUCCCCCCAAACAAGGCAAUAUGCAUUGGACAUCCAACAUGUUGUUCUGGUUACAGUAUGUCCAGAUGCACAUUUACAUGCAUGCUCACAACCCAAUUCUAAAUUCAUUGUAUAAUUAUUUUAAUCAUUUGUUAGCCUGUUGUGGUGGAUCCAGUCAGGUAACAUCAAAGUAGCAUAACAUGUCUGUGAAAUCAGGUUCAAACCUUUUCAUGCUCAUAAUUAAACAUGAGACGUAUG